AUGAAACUCCCCCUCCCCUUCGUCGGACUCGCUCUGGCGCUAGCCCUCUCCCCUCUCUCCACCGCUCAAGACACCCACACCUCCGAAGCCGACAUCGACCUGGAAGCAGCCGGCAUCCGACCCCGCCCGCCCCUCGUCGACUCUGACAAACUCCAAGCUUCGAUCAACAGAGGCAAGCUUCUCGGACACGCGCGCCAGCUCCUCGAGUUCUCCAAGCUCAGCGGCAACACGCGGGCUUUUGGCUCUAAAGGCCAUAACGCGACUGUUGCGUACAUCAAGAGGCUCCUCGAUCGGACGGGGUAUUAUGAUACCUACCUCCAGACGUUCCCGUAUCCUUAUUCGGAGGGUACGGCCAAGUUCUCGGUGGAUGGGCGGGAGUAUGUGACUGCGCCGUUCUCGUAUGGGCCUGCGGGUGAGGUUGAAGCGCCUCUCGUGCCCGUUAAUGGGCUUGGCUGCACAAGGGAAGACUACCCCGAUGCUGUCGCCGGCAACCUCGCUCUCGUCCAACGUGGUGAAUGCCCCUUCGGCCAAAAGGUCGCAUUGGCAGGUGCAUCGGGUGCCGCUGGGGUCGUGGUCUACAACAACAUCGAUGCUGGACUCGGAAGUGGUGGAACCUUGGGCGAAGUAACUCGACCUGACGUCGGGCCUUACGUGCCUGUUGGCGGUAUCUCCGGUCUGGAAGGUAAGGCGUUGGUAGCUGCCAUCGCCGAAGGCAACGAGGUCGUAGGCAAGCUCUCGACUACGGCUUUCAUCGAGACGAGGUGGUCGAGCAAUGUUAUCGCCACCACCAAGGGAGGAGACAAGAACAACAUCGUGUUCGCGGGUGCACACACCGAUUCCGUCGCUGCUGGUCCCGGAAUCAACGACGACGGCUCAGGCACCAUCGCCAUCCUCGAAAUCGCCCUCCAACUGACAAAAUACCGCGUCAAAAACGCCGUCCGCUUCGGGUUCUGGACGACCGAAGAAUUCGGUUUGGUAGGCUCCGAAUACCACGUCUCCAACCUCUCCGAAGAGGAACGCCAAAAGAUCGCGCUCUACCUCAACUUUGACAUGCUCGCCUCGCCGAAUGCGGGGUACUUUAUCCAUGAUGGAGAUGGGAGCACGUUUGGGCUGGCCGGGCCCCCCGGGAGCGAUUAUAUUGAGAAGGUGUAUCAGGAGUGGUAUGAUGCGAGGGGGUUGAAGACAGCUGCGGGUGCGUUUAGUGGGUCGAGUGAUUAUGAUCCGUUCUUGCAGGUUGGGAUUCCUGUCGGAGGUGUGCUUACUGGUGCUGGAGGACUCAAGUCUGCUGAGGGCGUCGAAAUGUGGGGAGGAGAGGUUGGUGUUGCGUAUGACCAGUGCUACCAUCUUGCAUGCGAUACGGUGGAGAACUUGAACGUCCCGGUGUGGCUUAACAACGCAAAGGCUGCUGCGCAUUCGAUUGCUACGUUUGCACGGUCGCUGGAUGGGAUUCCUCGUGACCAACGCGAGUCUGUUGGUUCGCUUUCGCUCGCGUCUGUCCCGUACGAGGAGCGUAAGCACCGUGCUUGCAACCAUGUCGUUGACGAGUUGUAA